AUGGACGCCGCCGCAGCAAUCAAGCAGCUACGCCAGGGCCAAAAGCCACAGUGGCCAGCAAAUGCCGAAUCAUUAGAAUUCGCGCACUCUCUCGACCAAAGCGCAGAGAUCCCCAAAACAUUCCGACCAGAAUUUGUUGUUCCUAGCAAGGCGCAACUCAAGCGGAAAACCCUAAAAGAUGACGCACAAACCGCCAACCCAGCAUCAACACCCGAUGACGAGGCUAUCUACUUCUGCGGUAACUCAUUAGGCCUACAGCCAAAAGCCGUUGGCGAGCACCUGAACGCAUACCUGAAGACAUGGGGAUCCAUCGCCGUUGGUGGCCAUUUUACCGCCCUCGAGGACUCGCCACUUACCCCAUACCAAGACAUGGCUGCGGGAUGCUCAAAGAGAAUGGCUGACAUCGUCGGCGCAUCACCUUCAGAAAUCGUUGCCAUGAACACAUUGACUAUCAACUUGCAUCUGAUGAUGGCUGCAUUCUACAAGCCUACGGAGAAGAAGCACAAGAUUAUGUGCGAGUGGCGACCAUUUCCUAGCGACUGGUAUGCGAUCGAAUCGCAAAUAGAAUGGCAUGGUCUCGAUCCCAAAAAGUCGAUGCUGUUGGUUGAACCGGAUGACGGACACAUCAUGACCACAAAGAACAUCCUCAGACUUAUUGACGAGAACGUGGACGAGCUAGCGCUGAUCAUGCUACCUGGUAUCCAAUAUUACAGCGGCCAACUACUCGAUAUCCCGACCAUUACCGCACAUGCACGGAAGCACAACAUCACCAUCGGAUGGGAUCUAGCGCACGCUGCCGGCAACGCUGAGCUGAAGCUCCACGACUGGGAUGUCGACUUCGCCUGCUGGUGCACAUACAAGUACAUGAAUGCCGGUGCCGGUUCCAUCGCAGGUGCUUUCAUCCACGAGAAGCACGGCAACAACGACCACUACAAGGGACUGAAGGGCUGGUACGGCCACGACAAGUCAUCACGCUUCCUCAUGGACAACAAGUUCGUUCCUACACCCGGCGCGCAAGGUUUCCAAUGUUCAAACCCAUCGAUCGUCGACCUCACAUGCCUAGCUGGCUCGCUCAGCGUCUUCGAAAAGACUUCCAUGGCCGACCUACGGUCACGAUCCCUGCUCUUGACAGCAUAUGCUGAGCACCUGCUCUCUCAGAUCGCCGCACGUAACAUCAAGGACGGCGCUUUCCCCUUCCAAAUCAUCACACCCACAGAUCCUCGAUUCCGUGGCGCACAACUAAGUGUUCUGCUCCCAGAAGACGUUUUUGACGAUGCGAGCGCAGCGCUGGUAGAGGGUGGUGUUAUCUGCGACAAGAGGAAACCUGGUAUCAUUCGGGUUGCGCCUGUGCCAAUGUACAACACUUUCAACGAUGUUUGGAGGUUUAUGCAAAUCUUUGAGGAGGCGAUACGGCAGAAGGGACAAGGGCAGACGCAGGAGCCUCAGUCGCAAGGGGCGCCAGUUGAGGCGAGGUUGUAG